GUUCGGAAGGAUCCGGUGUGUUUCUGGGAUUCACCCCCUCCUUACCUCCACCGGUGUGAACAAGUGAAGUUUGAACCGGCUUCUCCAUGGCCUGGGCGCCCGUUCCCGGCUGAGUCGUUUUCUUUUUGGCUGAAAGCCCCCGCCCAGAGGCCGAUUCGUCGCGGCGGCGGUGGGAUCGCAGGUCGCUCAGGCUUGCAGAUGGGUCAGGGGCUGUGGAGAGUGGCCAGAAACCAGCAGCUACAGCAGGAAGGCUACGGUGAGCAAGGCUACCUCAGCAGAGAGCAGAGCAGGAGGGUGGCUGCCAGCAACAUGUCUCACACCAGUCAUCGCAAACACGUCCAGGGGGGCAUUGACAUAUAUCAUCUUCUGAAGACAAGAAAGUCUAAAGAACAGGAAGGAUUCAUUAAUUUGGAAAUGCUGCCUCCCGAACUAAGCUUUACCAUCUUGUCCUACCUGAAUGCAACCGACCUCUGCUUAGCUUCCUGCGUUUGGCAGGACCUGGCCAAUGAUGAACUUCUCUGGCAAGGGCUGUGUAAAUCCACUUGGGGUCACUGUUCCAUUUACAACAAGAACCCACCUCUAGGAUUUUCUUUCAGAAAGUUGUAUAUGCAGCUGGAUGAAGGCAGUCUCACCUUUAAUGCCAACCCAGAUGAGGGAGUGAACUACUUUAUGUCCAAGGGCAUCCUUGAUGAUUCACCAAAGGAAAUAGCAAAGUUUAUCUUCUGUACAAGGACACUAAAUUGGAAAAAACUGAGAAUUUAUCUUGAUGAAAGGAGAGAUGUCUUGGAUGACCUUGUAACGCUGCAUAACUUUAGAAAUCAAUUCUUGCCCAAUGCACUGAGAGAAUUUUUUCGUCACAUCCAUGCCCCUGAAGAGCGUGGGGAGUAUCUUGAAACACUUAUAACAAAGUUCUCACAUAGAUUCUGUGCUUGUAACCCUGAUUUAAUGAGAGAACUUGGCCUUAGUCCUGAUGCUGUCUAUGUACUGUGCUACUCUUUGAUUCUACUUUCCAUUGACCUCACUAGCCCUCAUGUGAAGAAUAAAAUGUCAAAAAGAGAAUUUAUUCGAAACACCCGGCGUGCUGCUCAAAACAUUAGUGAAGAUUUCGUGGGGCACCUUUAUGACAACAUCUACCUUAUUGGCCAUGUGGCUGCAUAAAAGCACAAUUGCUGGGACUUCAGCUUUUAACUGCAAACUAAAGCUACCCAAGGACCUAUUUAGCAGAUAUGGGGGUGACAUUAGUGCUGGUCAUUCUAGCCUCUGUAUACAAUCAAGCUUGAGUGUACAACCUUUUUCCUUUUACUCUUUUCUUUUUAGUGACUUCUUUGGGGAACUAAAGAAUUUUGCAGAAUUUUUCUUAAUUUUGCUUAUCAUGUUUUGCACAAAGCAGAGCCAUUGUCUGACACAGCUGUUUAAGAAUGUUAAACUGACGUUAUACUCUAAAAAAGAUGGGAUAUUUGUGCAUUAGAUUUUGCCUGAAACUUUAUUCAUUUCCAUUCUUUUUUAAAAUACCAUGUAAUAUGUACAUAUUUAACUAAAAAUUUAUAAUCAUAAUUAUUUUAUUGUAAAGAUUUUGACUAAAGCCUUUCCUUUUUCUCUCAAA